CUGACUCCCUGCUCCUGCGCCUGUAAGGGGCGGCGGUGUUUCUGUGUAACUGUAAGUGCGCACUCCCUCCUGCCCUGCAUCCCGACUGGGUGCCCAUCUGCCUGAUUAUCGACGUCUGUCGGACGCACGAUCCAAAGCUUUCUAGCUCAGUGCAAGAGGUUCCUGCAAAGAGAUGUCAUACAAAAGAACAAAAUGUUUUCAUUGCAGGAAGGACUAUAAUUUGAAGAAAAGUUUUGGCAUUUCCAAAGAGCCAACAAUCAUUGUAUGUAAAAUAAAAGAAGACAUUUCUUCUAAUAAUGUGACAGCAGUGGAUAAAUCAGAGGGAGAAAAUUACGUACAUGAAAUAACACAGCAGAAUGCAAUAUCACAGCAUACCAAAGAUUCAUACUUAAAGAGACAUGGAGUUUUGAAAGAUGUGAAAGUGGUAAUUCACCAGCUGAGUAAAAAAGAUUUAGCAGAUCUAGACAAUAUAAACCACAAGCCUGACCUACUGGGUGGAUGGAUCAUCACUAAAUGUUCUUCAUGUAAGAAUCAAGGUGACAAAAAGAUGAUGAAAUGUGAAAGAUUCACAGAAGAAAUGAAACACAAGAGCCUUGAUAAUAGCUGCACUCCUAACAGAGAACUAGCUAAAACAAGCUUUUUGGAUCUGUGUUCCACCAGUCAUACCAGCCCAGUAGAUCUGGAUGAAAGUGUAAGGGAAGAGAAAAUACAACGACUCAGGGAAAGCAAAAGGCGACAAGAAGAACACCUUGAAAGAGUUAGGCGUAAAAUGAAAAAGUAAAUCAUGCAAAUGCUUACUUAAAAAUAUAGAUUUAAACUAAAUAAGCAGUUCCAAGCAAAUGUUAACUAUAGUUUUUUUCAUGAUAAUUUAUAAAGGGAGAAUAUUAAAAGAGAAGCUCAGUGCCAUGUUUCAUAGGCCAUGUUUCCAGUCCAGUGCACCCCCAGCAAGCAGUAUAAGGGUGAAGACACACAGGGCUACUUAGUAGCAGCUACUUGUCACGUCUACUAAAUGCUAGAAAAUAC